AACUCUUGUAAAUCAAUUAAAAAUUUCGAUUUGUAUGCUCAUUAGGCGAGGAGAAUCAAUGAAAAUUACUCAGGCAAGCAAGCUGAAACACUCUGAACACAAUAAUUGUCAAAAAAUGGAAGAAAAGCCAAUGAAAUUUAACUUCCAUCAAGAAUGUAUUUAGGGAAUAUGACAGAGAUGGUAUAAUGUUUGCUCAAGCUGGACUCAAGAAACUCUUAUAUCUCAUAUUGUACAACAUCAACAUUGUACAGUGGACAAGUACAUGCCGUUGAUCAACCGAGAAUCAAAACUGGUCAUCUUAGCAGGGAACAAGAUUGGAAUCUUUUGAACAUCAGAAGUCUGCCAUUACACAAAAAGGUUAGCAACAAUAUACAGUAAGGGUGGCCGAAUAAUUCACAAGUCAGCCUUGUCAUAUGUGUAAAUACUCAAAACCUAUCCCCACAUUAUGGAAAACACGACAAAUGUGCUAACAAACAACACAGGAAGCCCAACAUGUGCAGUUGCAAAACCCUUGACAGCUUACGAGAAGUGGGCUUCUGUUGCUUUCUAUAUCUUCAUCAUCCUUUUUGAUUUGGUUGGAAAUUCUCUUGUAAUUAUUAUUGUGCAAAGAAAUCAGCGCAUGAAGAACGCUACAAACUAUCUUAUCGUGAAUAUGUCAGUCACCGAGAUAUUAUCCACGUUAAUCAACCUCAACAUGUCUAUGGCGGCGUUUAUCAUUUACCCAGACUACCCCCCCUACGUCAAUGACAUCUUUGCCUUAAUUUUAUGCAAGACAUUGGCUUUCAUGGAUGGUCUAACACAUUCUUUGUCCACUUUGUCGCUCACUGUUAUUGCCUUUGAUCGCUUCUUUGCUGUCAAGUAUCCGCUGAAACGAAUCAUUACACGUGGACGCGCAAAGAAAAUCAUUGCUUUGAUUUGGCUGCUGUCUUGUAUUGCUUCAUCACCACUUCUGUACGCUUCUUCGUACGAAAAUAAAAACCAAAGGCUAUCAUGUCCACGAAAAUGGGGGCCUUUUCCUGUGAAUUCGUAUUUGAUAUACGUUGUGACGCACCUCGUUCUGUUCUACAUCAUACCGCUGGCAGUCAUGGGUGUCUUGUAUUCUGUUACCGUAUACAAGCUCUGGUCCCGUCGUAUCCCUGGCAACGUAACAGCAGCCAAUCAGCGAGUAGAACAACACGCUAAAACCAAUGUCCUCAAGAUGUGCAUAACUGUGGUGGUGGUGUUUGCACUUUGUUGGCUUCCUCUGUUCCUCACUCACGUCAUCUUAGAAUCGAAAGUUCUAGAAUGUGGUGUACAACCAGCAGUAUACAGUGCUAUUGUCUUCCUGGCGCACACGUAUUACGCAAUCAACCCAUACAUCUACUUUGCCUUCAGUAAGGAUUAUCGUAGAGGUCUACGCCAUAUUUUCCGACCUUUGAUUGACAUGUGUGGAAGCAAGCAAGACCGAGACUAUCUGCGCAGGUCACACGUAAUGGAUAUGAGCGUGAGCCCAAGAACCGAUUUAACUGAGAGUGGAAUCGAGGUUAUUAGCUUUCGUAGCUUGGGAACCAAAGAUAUCAUUUGCUGAAGUGUGAGUACGGUCACAGUACGGAAUAAAAAUCAUCCUUUAAACCAAUCACAGCGCGAGAAAUAAUAUACUGCUCAUCCAACUAGAAUGCUAUGACAAACAGUAAAAACGACUUUAGUAAAUAUGACAGCGAUUCUAGCAAAUACGACAAUAUCAAUAAUGACUAAAUCUGAAAAAAGGACUCUUCUGAUGAAUCUGCAAACGACUCUAGUGAGAUUUUUAUGAAGAUUAAGUUUUAGUUUUUAAUGGAGGAGAUUCAAACCCGACAACCUGUGGUGCCUCAGUUGUUGUUGUAAUAGUGUAGCGUAAUUCUCUCAUGCAUACGUACAAAGUUAGCGAGUUUUUCUCAACUGUCUUACGAUUUUGAGCAUUGGGUUAGGGUUGCUAUGAACCAAUCAAAAAUAGAUAAAACAUUUCAGCCAAUCAUAGUAAUGAAAAACGUCAGUUAGCGAUACAAUAAAUAGCAUUAACAGUCAA